AUGGACACGCCAACGCCGCCUCCAGAAACAGACAGCGCGUACAUCCCCAUGAACUCCGUGCACAGCUUUCGCUUCGACUCGCUCUCCAAGUCCGACAAUAUCUACGAGAGCCCGCGCCGCGCCCUGGAUGGUACCUCCGGCUCCGGGGGCUGGGGCGGCAAGGCAGGCCGGGUGUGGAAGCAGGCCAGGGGGCAGCUGCUGUGCCUCGGGGUGCCCUGCCUGGUGCUCCUGGUGGUGGUGGUGCUGCUACUGCAGAAUAACAUGAGGAAGGACCGGCAGCACGAGAACUACAUCAACCUGACGCAGGAGAGGGAGACGCUGAAGAUACGCCUCUUCCAGCUGGAUGGUAUUAAGAGAAACUUGACAGGAGAGAAAGAGAGACUGCAAGCAAGCAUUACUGAGUUGGACCAGAGAAAUAAGAAAUUGACAGAAGAGAAGACUGAGAUCCAGAGGACGCUCUCGGACAUGAAGAUCCGUCUCCAUAAUCUCACCGAGGUCAAUGCCUGGAACAACAAGAAGCUGGACAAACUAGGGUGGUGUUCGUUUGGCUCCAGCUGGUAUUGGAUCUCCAGCGAUAAGAGGAACUGGAGCGAGAGCAGAGCUGACUGUCAGGAGAGAGGAGGAGACCUGGUCACUAUCAACAGCAGAGGAGAACAAUUGUUCCUGGCCGGUAAGGCUCUGAGGGCCUGGAUUGGUCUGACUGACAUGGAGGAGGAGGGCACUUGGAAAUGGGUGGAUGGCACCAACUUAACCAAAGCGUACUGGAACCCAGGCCAGCCCAACGACUACCGAGAGACUCCGGAUGGGGAGGGCCAGAACUGUGCUCUGAUCUGGGACAGAACCAACCCCAUGAAGACCUGGAACGACGAGGCAUGCUCGAAAAGCGCGCGCUGGAUAUGUGAGGUGUAGAUGCAACCAGGGUGCGAUUUGUUGAAAAACCAGA